AUGGAGAAUAAAACGCUCAGAUUACUACAAUAUAACAUUCAAAGUAUGCGUCCAGUGGAGAAACGAGAAGAACUAUAUACAAACUUGGUGACCAACGAUAUAAGCGUGGCCUUGCAUCAGGAAAUCAGGCUUAAGGAACAGGAACAGGUAGUAAUAAAAAAGUACAAUUUUGUGAGCAAAAGAAGGGAAGGAGGGUAUGGCGGUGUAGGAAUCCUACUUCGAAAAGGAAUACAAUAUAAGAACUUGAAGCUACCGAACUUUGGGCCACUAGAAGCAGUGGGAGUUGAAAUCAACCAAUCUGUCGGACACCAAGUUAAAACAAUUAACCUACUUUCGGUUUAUCUACCGCCCGGAAACAACCUAACAGAAACAAAGAAAGCACUUCAAGAUAUCUUUACAUAUCUGGAGAGCCUCGUAGGCGAAACCAUCGUCGGAGGCGAUCUGAAUGGGCACCACAGUUCAUGGAGUCCUGAAUAUCCGGAAUGCGCACGAGGUAGGUACAUAAACACACUUAUAGAAGGCUCCAAGUUGAUGUUGUUGAACGACGGAACGGCAACGAUGAUCGGAGCUCCAGGCGGAAAAGAAUCAGCAAUAGAUCUAACGUUGGCAACAACUGGAGUAGCGAGGAAAGUUGCAUGGAUGGUUCAAGAUGAAGAGCUCGGUGGCGCACACCUUUGUAUCUGGAUUGAACUAGAAACGGAUAUUCCCAUUGUCAAUAGACGAAUUACGAGGAUCAACAAGAGUAAGGUGGUAGAAGAACUAGACAGUAUGAGGCCACAGUUCAUAUACUCGCUGGAAGAGAUGGUAGAAGUUUUCGAUGAAGCGGUUAAAAAGGCGUCCUUUGUGGUGAAAAAUAAAAAGGCAAACUAUCUAAAAACCUGGUGGACAGACAAAAUUGGAAAGUUGUACAGCGAGAAAAGAGUAUCACUACGAGCGUAUAACGUGAACAAAAACCAGCAAAAUUACAUCGUUUUGCAACGAUCCAGGGCACAAUUCAAAAAGGAAGUACGAAAGGAAAAAAGGAAAUAUAUAGGGGAACUAUCGGAGAAAAUAGACGAGGCAACCCCGUCUAGACAUCUUUGGAAUAUCGUAAAGGGAAUCGAUACGUCACUGUCCGGAGAAUACAAGACACGAACAGAGAUCACACUGGAAAAAGGAACAGAGUUCAAGGAGUACUUCUUUAAGGACAAGGUUAAGCCAAUCCAAAAACCAACAGCUUGCACGGAGUAUGAAAUCGAGGGGUACCAGAUGGCGUUAAAGGACAAGGAAUUGUUGGGGGUCCUAAAGAGCAAGAAAAAUAGCUCGGUGCCGGGAGAAAACAAAAUUUCAUAUGAUAUGCUCAAGCAGCUAACUCCAGAAAUGCAAAUGAAAAUCUGCGAGAUGCUGAGUCGUGUGUUUGUCACUGAGAGGAUUCCGGAAAGAUGGCGUCUCACGGAGAUUCGACCGAUCGAGAAAAAAAAAUACAGACCCACAAUUGCCAAGUGCCAAAAGGCCCAUAGCGUUGAUGAAUGUAGAAUUGAAACCUUUAAAUGCCGUGGUCAAAAACCGUCUCUCGGAAAUAGCAGAAAUCAAAAAUCUCAUCCCUAA